AUGGUUGGGGCCACUUCAGAUGGGGCCGUAGGUGGUGCCUGCGCCACUUCAGAUGAGGCCAUAGGCAUGCUUUUGGCCACCUCGGAUGGGGCAGUGGAUGAUGUCUUAGCCACUUCAGAUGAGGCUGUAGACAUUAUCGACAGCUCUUCCGGCUCGGACAUCGAGCAGAGUAACCAAGGGACAACCCCCAAGACGCCUCGGCCUGCUCGCAACAACACACGAGUCGACCCUCAAGCCAAGACGCCUCGGCCUGCUCGCAACCACACACGAGUCGACCCUCAAGCCGCUAUACUGCUUUCUGGCUUCUGA